AUGCCGUUUUCAUUCCUCUCCUUCCACAACCCUGGCCCGAAUUAUCUUGACCUCAUCAUCCGGCCUGUCUUCGGCAUUCGUCUGGACGAGCCCCAUGCGCUGGAUCACCCUCAUUCCACUCUUCACCCGGCCGAAGAUCGUAUGUUUUCCGUCCAACCAAGGUGUCGGCGCAAGAGUGACAAAGAACUGACUGCCGUUGGUGUUGGGUCCACUGUUCGCCAUACUCAAGAUUCCGGCCCCGUGAGCCCCGUCGCGGAGUUACUGGGGCAAGUCAUCUACCAGUUUACCGUCCUCAAGCCCUUCCUGCCCACAUACGGACAUCUCCUCGUUUCUGCCCUCUUUCCGAUAUAUAUUGGCGCCCACGCAUCACUAUCGAGACCCUCAUCUGCUGCGAAGCCUCCCAAGAAAAAAGGAAAGAAAGGCGGGCGCGAAACGGACGACGAAGAUGAAGAGGAAGGACAGGGAUCAAUGCCGAAGAUGGAAGGCCUCCAACCAUCAGAUGCCUUGAUGUUCCCGUUGACUGCUGGCUUGACACUGGGUGGUUUGUAUUUGGUGAUCAAGUGGCUGGGAGACCCGGCUAUUCUGAACAAGAUCUUGAGCUUCUACUUCUCCCAAAUGGGGCUGUUCUUCGCCGUUGCGUUCCUCAAGGAUAGUCUCACAGUGUUCCGCUCGUUCAUCUUUCCCAGACAGUAUCGCUACGGUGGGAAUACCUGGAAAGCCAACCAGUCUGAGCGCAUCUUCACAGUUGGUGACGGCUCAGAGACCGUUGAAGUUCGAAAGUCUCCCCUACCGGGCAUCCUUGGAAGCAUUCCAUUACCCAGCUUUAUACUAGCAACGCUUUGGUUCUAUCGUGAUCUCGCAUACCAACGGGUUAAGAUUCGUGCUCAUGUGCGUGGUCUAUUUGACGCAAAGGGUCGGUUGGGCUUGUCGGAUCUUCUCAGUGCUAUCGUGGGACUUUGUGCAGUUGGCUAUUUUGCUUUCGUGACGAAGCCUUGGUGGUUGACCAACUUUCUGGGUUUCAGCUUCUGCUACGGUGCCCUGCAGUUCAUGUCACCGUCAACGUUCUGGACGGGUUCGCUCAUUCUGGGGUCUUUGUUCUUCUAUGACAUCUACUUCGUCUUCUUCACCCCGUUGAUGGUAACCGUUGCGACAAAGCUGGACAUUCCGAUCAAGCUUCUAUUCCCUCGUCCUCCUGCUCCUAGCGAAGCCCCCGACACGACUUCUCUGGCAAUGUUGGGAUUGGGUGAUAUUGUCAUCCCUGGCAUGAUGCUAGGAUUGGCACUGCGCUUCGACCUUUACCUCUAUUACAAACGAAAGGGCUUGCAAAAAGCGCAAGCAGAAGGCAAAGGCGAAGCUCUUGUCAAGCCCCAAUACCAAACUGCGACUGGAGGCUGGGGAGAGCGGUUCUGGACAGGAACAGUCAAGCCAAAGGGACCAGAGCUAGAACCUCCGUAUAACGAUGCUCGGGCUUUCCCAAAAACAUAUUUCAAGGCCAGCAUUAUUGGCUACAUUGCCGGAAUGGUCACGACUCUUCUCGCCAUGCAGUACUCCAAACAUGCCCAACCAGCACUCUUGUACUUGGUCCCGGGUGUCCUAAUCUCCCUAUGGGGAACUGCCUUCUUCAGACGAGAGAUCAGCGAUAUGUGGGAGUUUUCUGAUGCAGAAGAGGAGGAAGAAGAAGAUGAUGAGAAAGAAGGCAAGAAAGAGAAGACCGGAGAUGACAAGGAGCAAAAGGAUCCGAAUAAAGAGAAGAACACCAAGAGCGUCUUCCUUCGACUUCUGUCCGGCGACGCCAGUGCACUGAAGCUUGAAACGCCCGAAAAAUCCGACGGAAAGGAGAAAAAGGAGGAUAAACGCGACGAUGAGGGCUCCGAGAGUGCUAAAGCACGAGGACGUGGCUUGACCAAGAAAGAUGGCAAGAAAAAGAAGGAUAAAAGCCGUGACUUGAAUCUGGUCUCGUUUUCCAUUUCACUUCCCCGAAAGUCCAAACACGAGUCCAAGACCAAGGCCAAUAGCUCAUCGUCAGAACAUUCGGGGAACGAGGAUCAGGACAAGCCCGUAAAGGUUCCUACUGUUACCCCCGAGCAAGACAAUGAACCACCGGCAAAGAGACUACGACGAAGCCCUAGGACGGCAGAUGCAAGUGCGAAUGCAGCAGCGAGUUUGUUGGCCUAA